CAUGCUAAUCAACGCGCCGACGUUUGCUGUGGAUUCACAUCGAGGAAGUGUUCAUCUUUGGGGAUGACGGUAAGGCGUGGGGAAAACGAGUCGAGUUUUAUAAGGCCGUCUACCACGUCUCUUCGACAGCCCAUCGAUAGUGUUUCGAAAAGGAGACAUGAAGUGAUUGUAGAUUGUACGAUGUCGAGGGCAGAAGGGCAACAGCUGUCCGGCUAACCCUGCUAACAGACAGUCUUCAUGAUAUCAGAAAGUACCGACACACACUGACUACAUCAUGACCGGGGAACCUUUGACCUCUUUUUGUUUAGAUGAUGUGAUGUUAAACGUACCGGUCAUCCGGCAGCAGUACCACUGGGAUUGUGGCCUGGCCUGCUCGAGAAUGGUACUAGAGUAUUUACAUUCAGUAGGAUAUGAGGAAUUCCAGAGAGCGUGUUCGGACUUAGAGUUCACAGAGAGCGUGUGGACUAUUGACCUGGCUUAUCUUAUGUGUAAACUAGGGGUCAGGCAUUGCUUCUGCACGCAGACGCUCGGUGUGGAUAAGGGCUUCAGAAAUCAGUCUUUCUACAAGAAGCAUUUUGACACUGAGGAGGACCGGGUUAAUGAACUCUUUAUGAAGGCAGAGGACAAAGGAGUAGCAGUAAAGAAAUGUUCUGUUACUAUUCAGGAGAUCCAGAACCACCUGGAGCAGGGACACGUGGCCAUAGUGCUGGUGAAUGCGGUGGUGUUAGUGUGUGAGCUGUGCUCCACUCCAGUCAAAUACUGCUGCUUCCUCCCUGUGGGUCAGAAGUGCUUCUGCAGGAAGCCAGAAUACCAGGGUCACUUCAUAGUGGUGUGUGGCUUCAACCGCAAAACUGGCAGCAUAUUCUACAACAAUCCCGCCUACUCGGACCGUGUGUGCUGCACAAGCUUUAAAAACUUUGAAGAUGCCAGAAGAAGCUACGGAACGGACGAGGACAUUUUAUUGGUCUACAAAGACGCCUGAAUCUCACUCGGAGUGUCUGUACUUACACUCAGAACUCACGUCUCCAUCCACUGUGGUUGGUUGGGUAGCAUUUUUGCCAACAGGUAGUAAAGCUGCUAGCCAAUAGCAGAUAGUAUUUGCCACCUCUGUCUAUGGUCCUCAUCAGAUCUAUAGCAUCGCACAAAACAUUACUAUGGUGCUAAAUCGGCCACUGAAUGACAGCUUCCAAAACAUUAAGAGAAAGGAAAGGGAGAUUAAAUUAUUUUUAAUUUGUGCUUAGUAUAUAUUGGCCUAACUCAUUUUAUAACUGUGAUGUGAAUAUUUUUAGCUCAUUUGAUUUAUAUAGUAUCUGCCACUGUCGCACAGUAAGAGGUAGAAGAGAAGUGUAUAUAAUGUUAUUCGUUCAUGUAAAGAUAUUCUGACAUUUUGUGUUUUGUUCAGGGUUACAUUGCAUUGAAUGGAUUUAGUUUAAAAUGUUCCUCUUCUAACCCACUUAAGGUUGAACAUUUAGUGAAUGAUUUUAACUAUUGUGAGAGGGGGAAUUAAUUUUUGAAACUCAGGUAACGUGUUAAAUCCAGCAUGCUAAAUGAUAUUCCUCAAUCUAAAAAGGAACGUUUCGUAGGUGCAAUGCGGCUGGAUUCAAUUCUCCAGGUUUUAUUCCUCAAAAUCAGUAUCACCAGGACGUCUACCAUAACCUCAUGUAGAUUAGUUAAAAGAGUUUUAGGGGUUCCCAGGCUGAACUGUGAACUUUCGUACACAAGACGCCUCCAUCAACUCACUUACAGCACCAAUGUAUUAGCAAAAUGAGUUGUAAAUGAGAAAUGAAUAUGUUUUGAUAUUCAAAUUAAUAUAUUGUGUUGUAAUUCAUAGGAAACGCAUUGUUAAUGAAUGCCUCCACGAGAGAGAGAGGAACACUACGAUUAGCUUAGUCUUAUGGGUUUACUGUCAGGUGUUUUGUAGAAUAGAAUUGUGGUCCAUUUGAAAUGCAUUGAAUCCAGUGCUGUGAAUGCUUUUACUGUCCCGUAAACAUACUUUGAGUGCUCAGUGAUUCAAAUGGUUCAUGCUAUGGUGGUUUUCAUGGGCUGCUGAAUGAAAUGCUUGCACUAUGGUGUUCCUCCGGCCAUAAUUAUGUUAUUUAAUCUUUGGUCAUUCAGGUUAAAAUAUUGUUUUGGUUUUGAUUUUUACUAUCAGGUGUCCAGUUACAUCAGCUUGUGCAUUUUUUAUAAAGAACAUAAGCAAUGGUAAUAUGGCGAACUUUAUUUUUAUGAAUUAUAUAGGUCCAUUUAUGAAAUGAAUAAAAGUCGGAUUUGUAUUUUAAUUCAAAUAUCUAUUUCUGUUAUUGACUUCAAAUUAAAUAAUAAAAUGCAUAAUUUA